UUAUGCAGCACAGGGUCCAGCCAGCAGCCCCAGGGUUCAGGUGAGAUUUAGACAUCUGACCAUGUGGACCUGGUGGCUGCUGCUUGCCCUGGGAAUCUUCUCAGGGGCUGUGAGCUCCCAAAACAUGUGCAGGCAAGGACACUCUGGCAUCCCCGGGAAUCCUGGCCACAAUGGCCUGCCCGGAAGAGACGGACGCGAUGGAGUCAAAGGGGACAAAGGAGACACAGGAGAACCAGGCCAUCCCGGGAGCCCAGGGAAAGAUGGAAUGAGCGGCGAGAAAGGAGAACGAGGGGCAGAUGGAAAAGUGGAAGCUAAAGGCAUCAAAGGUGACCCUGGCUCCAGAGGACCCCCAGGGAAGCAUGGGCCAAAAGGAUCCAUUGGUCCCACAGGAGACAAAGGGCUCCAAGGAGAGACUGGUCCUCAAGGGCAGAAAGGGGACAAAGGUGAUGUGGGUCCCACAGGUCCCCGAGGUCUAAUGGGUAGCUCUGGACCUUUGGGCCCCACUGGCUUAAUUGGCCCCAUAGGCCCCACUGGCAAGCCCGGUCCCAAGGGAGAUGCAGGACCCAUGGGACCCCAAGGUGAACCUGGAGUCCGAGGAAUAAGAGGCUGGAAAGGGGAUCGAGGAGAAAAAGGCAAAAUUGGUGAAAGUCCAGUUUUGCCCAAAAGUGCUUUCACUGUGGGGCUGACUGUGCUGAGCAAGUUCCCCCCUUCAGAUGUGCCCAUUAAAUUCGACAAGAUCUUAUACAACGAAUUCAACCAUUACAAUGUUGCUACAGGGAAGUUCACAUGCCAUAUUGCUGGUGUCUAUUACUUCACCUACCACAUCACUGUCUUCUCCAGGAAUGUACAGGUCGCUUUGGUCAAAAACGGGGUAAAAAUACUGCACACAAAGGAUGGUUACAUGAGUUCUGAGGACCAGGCCUCUGGUGGGAUAGUCCUGCCAUUGAAGCUGGGGGACGAGGUGUGGAUGCAGGUGACAGGAGGACAGAGGUUCAAUGGCCUGUUUGCAGAUGAGGACGAUGACACGACAUUUACAGGCUUCCUGCUGUUUAGCAGCCCCUGAUGGAGGAGUCCCCUGGCCUAGUCUCACUCUCAGUCAGAACUAGCGUGGUGGGAAUGACGAACAAUUCAACUGCACUCCUUCCUCCAAUAGCAAUUGUCCUGAAAAGGUGCCAGUGGGAAGUAUCUCCUCAACUUGGUUCUAUGCAACUUAAAAUCUUUCCAAGAGUGAACUGUCAAUUAUUUACCCUGUUUAUUGUUAUUUUUGUGGAUUUUCUCUGCUUGUUUAUUCUGGUUUAUUUAAUACUUCCGUCACACUUAGCCUCUGAGGAACACUUUGCAUGUGUGUGUCUGGCAGGAAGGGGGUUCUGGUGUCACUUUUGUGCUCUAAGGAGUCAUAGCUUCCUGUUGCUUUCUGUGUUGCUGGGGACAUUAGGGAGGAAAAACAGGAAAAUUGGCUGGGGCACAGCUAGAUGGCCGGACCUUGGUUAGCUGUACAAGGCCCUUGGUCCCAGCCCCAGUGCUACAAAAAUAAAACUAAAUAAAAAAUCAAAAAAAUAAAGCCAAAGCAGGGAACUGUCUAUUCCAUUUAGUGACUAAUAAAAGUGGGCAACAGUGACACCUUCAGAAGGCUCCAAGUACUUCAUUCAUUUUCUAAAUGAAAACAUCUCUUCAUUUAUCUUCAUUUGCAUUGCUCUUUAAUCCAGUUGAAGAGCCACUGGUCAGCUUUGAAAAUGUACAUUUGCUUCCUAGGACUGCCAUAACCAAGAAUUACUAGCCAUGCAGCUUAAAAUGACAGCAGUGCACUCCCUGGCCCUCGGAGAGGGCGGAAGCUCAAGCUCAGUGUGUUGGGGCCUCUGGCCUCCUCCCUUCGGGGCUUCUGACGAGGGUCCUUUCUUGCUGCCUCCGGCUUCAGGUAGCCAUGUGCUCCUCAGCUACGGCAGCAUCACUCAAUCUCUGCCUCCAUUGUCUUCUUGCACUGCCUGCCUGGGUCCACACUUUCCUCCUCUUACGAGGCAUGAUACAUUGUGUGAGUGCCUGCCCCAACACAGGAGGCCCCGUGGCCACCUGGCACAUCCAUAAGGACGACACUUCUCCAAACAAGACCAUGGUCACAGGUACUAAGAGUCAGGCCUUCAACAGAACUUUUUGGAGACAUAGUUCAAUCCACAAGUCUUAACUCCAAAUCAGU